AGACACCGCACCUGCAGGGAGGAGCCUCCCAGAAACUGCCUUCCCCGACCGCCGCCCCACCUCCCCAGAGCCCGGCUAGUAGCCAGCGAGGACGCGCGUCGCCUUCCCGCCGCCCUCCUCCCAGGAGAGCCCAGCCUGAGCCGGCACCUGCUUCACCACCAUGUUCAAGGGGCUGAGCAAAGGCUCCCAGGGGAAGGGGUCCCCCAAGGGCUCCCCAGCCAAGGGGUCCCCUAAGGGCUCCCCCAACAAGCACAAUCGGGCUGCAACCCAGGAACUGGCUCUGCUCAUCUCCCGCAUGCAAGCCAACGCUGACCAGGUGGAAAGAGACAUUUUGGAGACGCAGAAGAAGCUGCAACAGGAUCGGCAGAAUGGUGAGCAGAACCAGGCUUUACAACACCAGCAGGAGACUGGCCGCAACCUGAAGGAAGCGGAGGUACUCCUCAAAGAUCUCUUCCUGGAUGUAGACAAGGCGCGGCGGCUCAAGCACCCACAGGCUGAGGAGAUUGAGAAAGACAUCAAGCAGCUGCAUGAGCGGGUGACCCAGGAGUGCUCGGAGUACCGUGCUCUGUAUGAGAAGAUGGUACUUCCGCCUGAUGUGGGGCCCAGGGUCGACUGGGCGCGUGUGUUGGAGCAGAAACAGAAUCUGGUCCGUGAGGGCCACUAUGGGCCUGGGAUGGCAGAGCUGGAACAGCAGGUGGCCGAGCACAACAUCCUGCAGAGAGAAAUCGAGGCUUACGGGCAGCAGCUGCGGACGCUGGUGGGACCGGAUGCAAACACCAUCAGGAACCAAUACCGUGAGCUGCUGAAGGCGGCCUCGUGGCGCCGACAGAGUCUGGGCAGCCUGUACACCCACCUGCAAGGCUGCACGAAGCAGCUGAGCGCCCUGGCCGAUCAACAAGGCCGCAUCCUGCAGCAGGAUUGGAGUGACCUCAUGCCGGACCCCGCUGGCGUGAGGCGAGAGUAUGAGGUCUGUGGGGACAGGCUCAGGCCCGGGCAGCGGGGGUGUCUCGGGCCAUCUUCUUGCUCAUGGCCGUCUCGCUUCAAUCGUCCUCAGCACUUCAAGCAGCAUGAGCUGCUGGCCCAGGAGCGGAGCAUAAACCAGCUGGAAGAUGACGCAGAUCGCAUGGUGGAGCUUGGGCACCCGGCCAUUGGGCCCAUCCAGGUCCACCAGGAGGCCCUCAAGAUGGAGUGGCAGAAUUUCCUAAACCUUUGCAUCUGUCAGGAGAGCCAGCUGCAACGGGUGGAGGACUACCGUAGGUUCCAGGAAGAGGCGGACUCAGUCAGCCAGACCCUGGCAAAGCUCAGCUCCAACCUGGAUACCAAGUACGGCUUUGGCACUGGGGACUCCUCCGGCUCCCCCACAGAGCUCCUGCUACAGCUGGAGGCAGAGGAGAAGCAGCUGGCCAUAGCAGAGAGGGCUGUUGGAGAUCUGCAGCAGCGAAGCCAGGAGGUGGCCCCACUGCCACAGCGCAGGAACCCAUCCAAGCAGCCCCUGCACGUGGACAGCAUCUGUGACUGGGACUCGGGAGAAGUUCAGCUGCUUCGGGGAGAGCGGUACACACUCAAGGAUAAUGCUGACCCAUACACGUGGCUGGUUCAGGGCCCUGGAGGAGAGACCAAAAGUGCCCCAGCUGCCUGCCUCUGCAUCCCAGCACCAGACCCUGAAGCUGUGGCCAAAGCCUCUAGGCUGGCCACGGAGCUGCAGACCCUGAAGCAGAAGCUGUCUACAGAGAAGAACCGCCUGAAGGCUGCUGCUGUGGAACACUUACAGCCUGGCCAGCAGGGUACCAGAGGAUGGUCAGGGAGGGCCAAUGGGUGGGCGUGCUGGGUAGGAGGUACUCCAUCUAGACUCUUCUUCCCUCAGUCAGGCCCUGCCCACCCUCCAGGUCCCGCAGGCACCCAGGGAGGGCCCAUCUCAGGCAGACAUAAGACCUCACUAGCACUUCUGUCCCCAGCUCCGGCAGGCUCAGCCCCCGCUGACCCACAAGGUCAGACGCUCCUGUCACAGAUGACCCAGCUGGAUGGGGAUCUGGGGCAGAUAGAGAGGCAGGUGCUGAGCUGGGCCCGGAGCCCACUGAGCCAGUCUUCUUCACUGAAGGACCUCGAGGGCCGCAUCCACAGCUGUGAGGGCACAGCACAGCGCCUUCAGAGUCUGGGAGCGGAGAAGGAGGCAGCCCAGCAGGAGUGUGAGGCGUUUCUGUCUACCAAGCCUACGGGCUCCGCUGCCCUGCAACUGCCCGUGGUCCUCAACAGUGUGAAGAACAGAUACAAUGAUGUGCAGAGCCUGUGCCACCUCUAUGGGGAGAAAGCCAAGGCUGCUCUGGGCCUGGAGAAGCAGAUCCAGGAGGCAGACAGGGUCAUCCAAGGCUUUGAAGCCGCCCUGGCACUUGAGGGCCCCGUCCCCGAAGGCUCUGGGGCACUGCAGGAGAGGGUCAGCGAGCUGCAGCGCCAGCGCAAAGAACUCCUUCAGCAGCAGGCCUGUGUGCUGGGGCUGCACCGCCAGCUGAAGGCCACUGAGCAUGCGUGCAGUGCGCUGCAGAACAAUUUCCAAGAGUUCUGCCAAGACCUGCCGCGCCAGCAGCGCCAGGUUCGUGCCCUCACUGACCGUUACCACGCUGUGGGGGACCAGCUGGAUUUGAGGGAGAAGAUAGUACAGGAUGCCAGCCUCACCUACCAGCAGCUCAGGAACAGCAGGGACAACCUGAGCUCUUGGCUGGAGCAGCUGCCCCACCACCGGGUGCAGCCCAGCGACGGGCCAAGCCAGAUUUCCUACAAGCUGCAAGCACAGAAGAGACUGAUACAAGAAAUCCUGGGGCGCGAGCAGGACCAGGCCACCGUGUCCCGCCUCACCCGGGACCUGCAGGAGGCCCUCCAGGACUAUGAGCUGCAAGCAGAUACCUACCGCUGCUCCUUAGAGCCCGCCUUGGCAGUGUCCGCCCCGAAGAGACUCAGAGUGAUUUCCUUGCAGGAGAGCAUCCAGGCUCAGGAGAAGAACCUUGCGAAGGCUUACACUGAGGUUGCCGCAGCUGAGCAGCAGCAGCUGCGCCAGCUGGAGUUUGCUAAAAAGAUGCUCAGGAAGAAGGAACUUGAUGAGGACAUCCAAGCCAUCCACAGCGCGAGACAGGGAUCUGGGAGUCCGGCACACGCAAGGACGGCGGAGUCAGAGGUCCUGAAGACCCAGCUUGAGGAAGAGAGGAAGCGGGUGGCUGAGGUGCAGCGUGACCUGGAGGAGCAGAGGCAGCGGCUGCUGCAGCUGAGGACCCAGCAGCCUGUGGCGCGGCUGGAGGAGAAGGAAGUGGUGGAAUUCUACCGGGACCCCCAGCUGGAGAGUAACCUGUCUCAGGCAGCAUCCCGGGUGGAGGAAGAGGGCAAGAGGCGGGCCCGCCUGCAGGCCGAGCUGGAGGCGGUGGCCCAGAAGGUUGUCCACUUGGAGGGCAAGAGGAAGACCAUGCAACCUCACCUGCUGACCAAAGAGGUCACCCAAAUCGAGAGGGACCCUGGCCUGGACAGCCAGGUUACCCAGCUCCACAGUGAGAUGCAACGGUUGCGCGGGGAGAACGGCGUCCUCACAGCCAGGCUGGAAGAGCUGAAGGACGAGCUGCUAGCCCUGGAGCAGAAGGAGAUGAACGUGAAGGAGAAGGUCGUGGUGAAGGAGGUGGUGAAGGUGGAGAAGGAUCUAGAAAUGGUUAAGGCGGCCCAGACUCUGAGGCUCCAGAUCGAGGAAGAUGCUGCACGGAGGAAGGGGGCGAAGGAGACCGUUGCCAAGAUACAGGCUCGCAUCAAAGACCUGGAGCAGGCGAUCAGCUCAGUGGAGCCCAAGGUCAUUGUGAAGGAGGUGAAGAAGGUAGAGCAGGACCCGGGCCUUCUCAAGGAGGCUUCCAGGCUGAGAAGCCUCCUGGAGGAGGAGAAGAACAACAACGUCGCGUUGGCCAGGGAACUGCAGGAGCUGCAGGAGAAAUACAGGGUGGUGGAAAAGCAGAAGCCCAAGGUGCAGCUGCAGGAGCGAGUCAGCGAGAUCUUCCAGGUGCUCCCGGAGACAGAGCAGGAGAUCCGGAGGCUCCGGGCCCAGCUGCAGGAGACAGGCAGCAAGAAGAGCGGCGUGGAGCAGGAGGUAGAGAAGCUGCUGCCUGAGCUGGAGGUCCUGCGGGCUCAGAAGCCCGUGGUGGAAUAUAAGGAGGUGACUCAGGAGGUGGUGAGGCACGAGAAGAACCCAGAGGUGCUGCGGGAGAUCGACCGUCUCAAGGCUCAGCUCAACGAACUGGUCAACACCAACGGGCGCUCUCAGGAGCAGCUCAUCCGGCUCCAGGGCGAACGCGAUGAGUGGAAGCGGGAAAGGUCCAAGGUGGAGACCAAGAUGGUGAGCAAAGAAGUCGUGCGGCACGAGAAGGAUCCGGUGCUGGAGAAGGAGGCCGAGAGGCUCCGGCAGGAGGUGCGGGAGGCUGUCCAGAGGAGGCGAGCCACGGAGGAUGCUGUGUACGAGCUGCAGAACAAGUUACUGCUGCUGGAGAGGAGGCGGCCCGAGGAGCAGAUAGUGGUGCAGGAGGUGGUGGUCACCCAGAAGGACCCGAAGCUGCGCGAGGAGCACAGCCGGCUGAGCCGCAGCUUGGAUGAGGAGGUGGGGCGCCGGCGGCAGCUGGAGCUGGAGGUGCGGCAGCUGGGCGCCAGAGUUGAGGAGGAGGAGGCCAGGCUCAGCUUCGAGGAGGAUCGCAGCAAGAAGCUGGCCGCCGAGAGGGAGCUGCGGCAACUGACCCUGAAGAUCCAGGAGCUGGAGAAGCGGCCCCCUGCCCUGCAGGAAAAGAUCAUCAUGGAGGAAGUGGUCAAGUUAGAGAAAGAUCCUGACCUGGAGAGGUCUACAGAAGCUCUGCGGCGCGAGCUGGAUCAGGAGAAGAACCGCGUGACCGAGCUGCACCGGGAGUGCCAGGGUCUGCAGGUUCAGGUCGACCUCCUCCAGAAAACUAAAUCACAGGAGAAGACCAUAUACAAGGAAGUGAUCAGGGUCGAGAAGGACCCGGUGCUGGAGGGCGAGAGGGCCCGAGUGUGGGAGAUCCUUAACCGGGAGCGCGCAGCCCGCAAGGGCCGGGAGGAGGAUGUCCGGAGCUUGCAGGAGCGGAUCGACCGAGCCGAGGCUCUGAGGAGGUCCUGGUCCCGCGAGGAAGCUGAGCUCCAGAGGGCCCGGGACCAGGCAAGCCAGGACUGCGGGCGGCUGCAGAGACAGCUGCGGGAGCUGGAGCAGCAGAAACAGCAGAAAGCCCGGCAGCUACAGGAGGAGGGGAGGCUGCUUAGCCAGAAGACGGAGAGCGAGCGCCAGAAGGCCGCCCAGCGGAGCCAGGCGGUCACGCAGCUCGAGGCUGCCAUUCUCCAGGAAAAGGACAAGAUCUACGAGAAAGAGAGGACCCUCAGGGACCUGCACACCAAGGUGAGCCGGGAGGAGCUCAACCAGGAGACCCAGACCCGGGAGACCAACCUCUCCACCAAGAUCUGCAUCUUGGAACCGGAGACCGGCAAUGACAUGUCUCCUUACGAGGCCUACAAGAGGGGUGUCAUCGACAGAGGCCAGUAUCUCCAGCUGCAGGAGCUGGAGUGUGACUGGGAAGAAGUCACAACCUCCAGCCCCUGCGGGGAGGAGUCUGUGCUCCUGGACCGCAAGAGCGGGAAGCAAUACUCCAUCGAGGCCGCCCUCCGCUGCCGCCGCAUUUCCAAAGAAGAGUACCACAGGUACAAAGAUGGCCGCCUCCCCAUCUCCGAGUUUGCCCUGCUUGUGGCAGGGGAGACCAAGCCGAGUUCUUCACUCUCCAUUGGGUCCAUCAUCUCCAAGUCUCCAGUCUGCUCCCCAGGCCCCCAGAGUACCGGCUUCUUCUCCCCAGGCCUCUCUUUUGGGCUCACUGAGGAUAGCUUCCCCAUCGCGGGGAUCUACGAUACAACCACAGACAACAAGUGUAGCAUCAAGGCAGCUGUGGCCAAGAACAUGCUGGAUCCUAUCACUGGGCAGAAGCUGUUGGAGGCCCAGGCAGCCACGGGAGGCAUUGUUGACCUUCUUAGCCGAGAACGGUACUCCGUACACAAGGCGGUGGAGCGGGGACUCAUUGAGAACACCUCCACUCAACGGCUGCUCAAUGCUCAGAAGGCCUUCACCGGCAUCGAGGACCCUGUCACCAGGAAGAGGCUGUCGGUGGGUGAGGCCAUCCAGAAGGGCUGGAUGCCCCAGGAAAGCGUGCUUCCCCACCUGCUGGUACAGCACCUGACUGGGGGCCUCAUCGACCCCAAGAGGACGGGACGCAUCCCCGUCCCUCAGGCUGUGCUCUGCGGGAUGAUCAGCGAAGACCUGGGCCAGCUCCUGCAAGAUGAAUCCGGCUACGAGAAGGAUCUGACAGACCCCAUCACCAAGGAGAGGCUGAGCUACAAGGAGGCCAUGGGGCGCUGCCGCAAAGAUCCUCUAAGUGGCCUACUACUGCUCCCCGCCAUGCUAGAAGGCUAUCGCUGCUACCGCGCGGCCUCCCCCACCCUGCCAAGAUCCUGUGUGCGUUGAUGAGGGGCUCUGCAGAGGGGGAGGGAGAAUGCACACGUCACCUUGCCCUGGAGCUGCGUAAUCCGAGGCAGCGGGUCCUCCUCCUGAGUGUCCACCUCACUGCGCAAUCGUUUGUGGUGUUGGGCUCUGUCCCCAAAUAUGGGAAGUUCCGUUGUUCCUCCCCACCCCGUGCUUCUAAUAAAUGGAUUAUCUCUGU